GUUGUAGAAAUUAUAUAAUGUGUAUUUUUGAAGGGGCUCCACAUUUCAAAAUUGACCAGGGCCCUGUGGUUGCUAGCAAUGGCCCUGGUAGUAGACUACUACCCUCUACUGAGAUUCAUUUUUAGGGAAAUUGACAAAUAUUUGUGGGUAAGCAUUAGUUACAAAUGUGAUUAGUCAGUAAAUAGAUUAUUACAGCACAAUAAAGAUCAGUUAGAUAUCCAAAGAAUACAGGCAUUUAAUGUGUCCACAUCUAUGAUAAUAGCUUUAAACGUACAAUAGUAUGCAUAGGAACCACAAGCCAAUCACUUUUAGGUGUGAUUAAAAGAUCAUAGAUAUAAUAUCAAACACAACAAACAAGUCAUGACAUUAGUCUUUUAAGCCACAAAGUCUGAAGUGACAGUGAACCUAGAGGAAACUAAAGUAAUCAGUCUUUGAUGAAAAACAUACCAGAAUUGUAGUAAUCCUGAAGACUUAUAAAGCAUCCAAAGACAGAAAUUGUGUCAAUGCAAAAGAUUGUGAGAUGUCAUCUGCAUUGCAAAUAUUUUAUGAUAAGUGGGGAGAAUAAAGCCAAAAUAUAAAAGCUAUAUAAUUUUAUAGACCUCACUAAGAAAUUGGUGUCGACCAAUAGUGAUUUUUGAUUUUAAUUUUGGAACAUAUUAAGGCAAUUACAUAAUUUAAAAAGAUUCCAAUACAUUUUAGAACAAGUCAUUCCAUUUUUUUUAAUAAGAAGUUCCAGUUAGAUCUGAAGCUGACUAGUGAACAUAGUUGAAAACAUUUGUAAAUCAUCUACUCUACUUCUGGAAAAGUACUUGGAUUAACCUUUUCUUGAACAUAGAUGGAAAAGUGGUGAAGAAAUUUACGUUAUUGCAAAAUAUGAUUAUUCAGCCCAAGGCAGUCAAGAAUUGGAUAUACGUAAAAGUGAAAGAUUAGUACUACUUGAUGACAGUAAGCAUUGGUGGAAGGUCCAAAAUUCUAAAAAUCAGUCUGGAUUUGUACCCUCCAACUAUGUGAAGCGGGAAAAACCUUCUAUAUUUGAUAGUAUAAGAAGGAAAGUAAAAAAGAAAAAUGAAGUCAAGAUGUCGCCCACUGCCUCUCCUGUUACUACAAAAGAAGUUGAUGUUAAUGUCAAUUCUCCAAAUAAUACUUCUCCUAAAAAUCACAGUUAUUCACAUGUAGCAGCACUUGUAAAAUAUAAUUAUGAUGCUCAGCAGUCAGAUGAAGUUUCAUUAGUGAAAGGAACUAAGGUUUUAGUAAUGGAGAAAUCUAGUGAUGGAUGGUGGAAAGGUGAAUAUAAUGGUUGUAUUGGAUGGUUUCCAUCUAAUUAUGUUCAGGAAGAACAAGAUGAUUUAAAUGAAGGUAGUCACAAUUAUACACCAGCAGAUUCUGCUUGUAGCACGUUGCAGGGCAGCUAUUGUCUAGAUGUGGUAGUAGCAUUAUAUUCAUUUACAUCCCAAAAUGAAGAAGAACUGAGUUUCCAAAAAAGUGAACAUUUAGAGAUCAUCGAUCGGCCUGCCAAUGAUCCAGAUUGGUGGAAAGCACGCAAUCAUAUGGGUGAAAUAGGCCUAAUACCAAAGAAUUAUGUUCAGGUUAUAACACGGGAUAUCGACGGAACAGAAUCUUCAGGUUCAAAUUCCUCUAAGAAAGGGUUUGGAAAAUGUAAUUUUUCUGAUAGGGCAGAUUUAAAUAGUCUACAGAAAGAUUUAGCUAACUUAUCAUUAGGUGCCAGCAGUAGCUCACCUAUGGUGAAAUUAAAGAUGGGUACUGGAAAUAUUACCAAACCUGAUCUUAGUGGUAAGACAUGGUAUUAUGGAAAUAUAACUCGCAGUCAGUGUGAUCAAAUGCUUACUGAAUUGGCAGAAGAUGGAGAUUUUGUUGUUCGUGAUAGUGAAACUAAUGUUGGAGAUUAUUCUGUGUCAUUAAAAGCUACUACAAAAAACAAGCAUUUCCGCGUUCAUGUUGAAGAUGGAGUAUUCUGUAUUGGGCAGCGCAGGUUUAACACAUUGGAUGAACUGGUUGAACAUUAUAAAAGAGCUCCUAUUUACACCAGUCCUAGAGGAGAGAAAUUGUAUCUAGUAAAGCCUUUUCAAAGACCAUGAGUAGUGUGAAAUGUUAGUGAUAAUUGUAGUAACUGCAUAUUCAGCUACUAGUUCAUGCACAACUAUUAUCUCCAUCAUGUGGUAUAAAUACUCAGCUUCAGAACUGAUUUAAGAGAGACUGCUUAUCUUAAUUGUUUGUCUGCAUGUUAAUACAGUCUAUUGUAUAUAAAUAUCUUUAUCAAAGAAAAAAAAUGGCAAUUUAAUGGUGCUGGAAAAAUAUUUGUCAAUAGACAUCUUUCAUUUACAGAAAAUGCACCAUUUGAUAAAAGUGCAUUUUUAUGGUGUAAUAAUGAAAACAAGAAUUGCAAGUUAGUAUAUAAGCUGCUGUGAUGGAUCAUUAAUGCAUUGAUAAGUAAUAGAGGCAACUUUAAAAAUGGUUUCGAAAGAAUUUAUUUAUUGAUUUUGAUACUUUUAGUAAAAAGUUCUUUUCUGCUAAUGAUAGAUGUUUUAAAUUUAUCAUUAAUGAAAAUUUAUUGCAGCUAUUUUUAUGAUUCUUCCCACUUUUACCUUACAUUGUAAAUUAAUUUGUAAAUAUUUCAACUAUUCAUCAGUCCUUUCUGAUUAUAUCAUUUAGAAAAUUCCUGUUACUAUUAAAUAUUAUAGUUUUAUUAAUUGAU